CUUAUCUCUCUCUGCCUAUAUAUUUAUAGCCUAAGGCCAAGCUACAUAAUUUAACUUUGUCGACCCCCAGUAGCUGGGAAUUAAGCUAAAUACAUUCUAUUUGCCUUGUGCUUCACCCAAAGAGCUUUCAACAAAAUGGGCAUUUGCAGGGAUAUUUCUAUAACCCAGCCAAAGAAUGAAGCAAGGCUGGGUGGAAAUAGAGCUGCACUUUUCAUAUAUGCGAUGGAGGGUCUGGAGAACAUGGCGUUCAUAGCGAACGCCAUUAGCCUUGUAACAUACUUCUAUGACUACAUGAACUUCAGCUUAACCAGGUCAGCCACCACCCUCACAAACUUCAUGGGAACGGCAUUUAUAUUAACCCUCCUGGGUGGGUUCAUCUCUGAUACCUACUUGUCCAGAUUUAAGACCUGUGUCCUCUUUGCUUGUAUUGAAUUGGUGGGAUAUGGCCUAUUAACGAUACAAGCACACCUGCCCCAAUUAAGACCUUUUCCCUGCAAAGACAUUGCACCAGACCACAAGGACCAGUGCCAGGACCCAACAACCAGCCAAGUUGCUUUCCUUUUUAGCGGACUUUACCUUGUUGCAUUAGGUACCAGCGGAGUCAAAGCGGCUUUGCCAGCUUUAGGAGCUGAUCAAUUCGACACCAAGGACCCCAAAGAGGCAUCUCAGUUAUCAAGCUUCUUCAAUUGGUUCUUCUUUAGCCUCACCAUUGGUGCUAUUUUUGGUGUAACUUUCGUAGUGUGGAUAAGUACAAACCAGGGUUGGGACUGGUCAUUAGGGGUUUGCACCGUCUCUGUCAUAGCUGCUGUAGUUUUUUUAUGCAUGGGUAACUCUCUGUAUCGGAAUAACGUUCCCAAUGGAAGUCCCCUCCUCCGUCUUCUACAGGUUUUAGUGGCUUCAAUCCGAAACCGUAAGCUUCCAAUCCCACAGAAUGCAGCAGAACUACAUGAAGUUGAUGACAAAGAAGCAGGGCUACAAAAUGAGAUUCUUCAGAGAACAGAGCAGUUCAGAUUCUUGGACAGGGCAGCAGUGGUUAGCAGUAAUCCAGGACCAUGGAGCUUGUGCACGGUUACACAAGUUGAAGAGACAAAGAUUCUAAUUCGCAUGCUCCCAAUCAUACUUAGCACCGUCUUCAUGAACACAUGCCUGGCUCAGCUUCAGACUUUCACCAUCCAACAAAGCACAACCAUGGACACCCGUCUCCUGGGCUUCAAAAUCCCUGGCCCCUCCAUCCCGGUAAUCCCUCUGGCAAUUAUGUUUGUUCUUAUCCCCAUAUAUGACCGGAUUUUCGUACCAUUUGCUCGGAGAAUAACGGGGAUUCCGACCGGUAUUCGCCACCUCCAGCGGAUUGGAAUCGGAUUGGUGCUCUCGGCUAUUUCGAUGGCAAUUGCUGGAGUGGUGGAGACCCGGCGCAAGUCUGUGGCAAUUCAACAUGGUAUGGUUGACAGUGCAGAGGCUUUGCCAAUGAGUGUGUUCUGGCUGGGAAUCCAAUAUGGAAUAUUUGGAGCAGCAGAUAUGUUUACUGUGGUUGGGUUGCUAGAGUUUUUCUAUGAAGAGAGCUCAGCUGGUAUGAAGUCUCUUAGUACAGCCAUCUCAUGGAGUUCAUUAGCAUUUGGCUACUUCUUGAGCUCAGUGGUGGUGGAGGUGGUGAACAAAGUAAGUGGUGGGUGGUUAGCCAGUAAUAAUCUCAACAGGGAUAAGCUCAACUACUUCUAUUGGCUAUUGGCAGUGCUCAGUGUGGUGAAUUUUGGGAUCUAUUUGAUGUGUGCUUCUUGGUACAAGUACAAAAAGGUAGAGGAAGUAAUUCAAGUAAAGGAAGGUGAUUUCAAGGAAAAGAUUGAAAUGGUAAAAGUUUAAUUAGGGGGGCCUAGGAAUGUACCAUAUAUGAAGGUAGGGAUUUUCCUCAGGUUAUGUAGUUUUAUGUAUCACUACUACUCAAGGUGUUGUUAGUAGUACCAUUACCCC